UGUCUGCAGACCGGUCAGCUGUACACAUGGGCAGCGGUCAGUCAGCCUCCUCCGUCUCUGGAGGGACACCUGAAGAACCUGUGGCCCCAGAACAGACCCGGAGCCCAGGACCGGCCCCAGCCCAAACACACAGAGGACGCGGUCGAGGAGCAGGAGGAGCAUCAGGCCGUCGUUUCAGACCUUAAAAAACAUCAGGAAGAAGAAAUCCAGCAAAUUGAGGAGGAGUCGGUGAUAAAGACUGUGCAUCUGAAGCAGGAGCACGUCUGCGUGAUCGAGCAGCUGGAGCAGACGAUCGAAGACCUGCGCUGUAAGAUCGCGGAGCUGGAGAAACAGCAGCCUCUGCUGGAGCGGGAGGUGCAGACACAAGACCAGGAGUGUGGAGGAGAGGAGCGUCUCCUCCCAGACGUCUGCCAUGUGGACCUGCAGACAGAAAUCACUGCGCUGCUGCCCCUGGAGGCCAAGUCAGUGCAGACGUCUCCUAUGGACGAGAGCUUUAGGUUUAAACUGCCUCCUGUGGAGGCGCAGGCACCGGGGAGGAGUGACUCCUCACUGCCAUCAGGAACUGAGAAUGCUUCUCAAGUGUUUGUGUGCAUGUGCCAGCAUCUGCCAGGCAUUUCAGUGCCUCCACCACCACCACCACCUCCUCCUCUAUCCGGGAUGUGUUCACCUCCUACUCCACCUCCGCUUCCAGGAAUGAGCACUCUUUCAGCACCACCUACUCUUCCAGGCAGUUCAUUUCCUCCUCCUUUACCAGGAAUGGAUGCGCCUCCUCCUGCGCCUCCUUUACCAGGAAUGGAUGCGCCUCCUCCUGCGCCUCCUUUACCAGGAAUGGGUGCGCCUCCUCCUCCACCUCCUUUACCAGGAAUGGGUGCGCCUCCUCCUCCACCUCCUUUACCAGGAAUGGAUGCGCCUCCUCCUCCACCUCCUUUACCAGGAAUUGUUGCGCCUCCACCUCCACCUCCUUUACCAGGAAUGGAUGCGCCUCCUCCUCCACCUCCUUUACCAGGAAUGGGUGCGCCUCCUCCUCCACCUCCUUUACCAGGAAUGGAUGCGCCUCCUCCUCCACCUCCUUUACCAGGAAUGGAUGCGCCUCCUCCUCCACCUCCUUUACCAGGAAUGGAUGCGCCUCCUCCUCCACCUCCUUUACCAGGAAUGGAUGCGCCUCCUCCUCCACCUCCUUUACCAGGAAUGGGUGCGCCUCCUCCUCCACCUCCUUUACCAGGAAUGGAUGCGCCUCCUCCUCCACCUCCUUUACCAGGAAUGGAUGCGCCUCCUCUUCCACCUCCUUUACCAGGAAUUCCGCUUCCUCUCUCAACUGCAGGAUCAGCACCUCCUCCUCCGGGUCCUCCACCCUUGGCUCCUGGUCCUCCUCUGGCCUUCGGUCUGGGUUCUCUGCCUCCUCCGCUCCCGCUGGGUCUGUACACAUUAGGAGCACUGCAGGAGAAACCGCCUCACAAAAGCUUGGUGGAGCCGCCGAGACCCAUGAAACCGCUGUACUGGACCCGGAUACAGCUGCACACCAAAAAGGAAUCUCAUGCUCUCGUGUGGGAGAAGAUCGAAGAGCCACCCGUGGAUUUUGAGGAGUUUGUUGAACUCUUCUCCAAAACUGCAGUGAAAGAGAAGAAGAAGCCCCUUUCGGACACGAUCAGCCGGUCAAAGACCAAGCAGGUGGUGAAGCUGCUGAACACCAAGCGUUCUCAGGCCGUGGGGAUCCUGAUGUCCAGUUUACAUCUCGACAUGAAGGACAUUCAGCACGCGAUCCUGAAUCUGGAUAACACUGUGGUUGAUCUGGAGACGUUACAGGCGCUCUACGAGAACAGAGCCCAGCAUGACGAGCUGGAGAAAAUCGAGAAACAGAUCAAAUCCUCAAAAGACAAAGGGGGAAGCAAAACUCUGGACAAACCUGAACAGUUUCUCCAUCAGCUCUCCCAGAUCCCUGAUUUCUCCGGACGAGUCUUCUGUAUUCUCUUUCAGUCGACCUUCACUGAAUGCAUUUCCUCUGUUCAGCGCAAACUCCAGAUUUUGCAGAGAGUCUGCAAGACUCUUCAGAGCGGCUCUGGGGUGCAGCAGGUUCUCGGUUUAGUUUUGGCUUUUGGGAACUUCAUGAACGGAGGGAAUCGCACCAGAGGACAGGCGGAUGGCUUCACGCUGGACAUUCUGCCCAAACUCAAGGAUGUCAAGAGCAGCGACAACAGUAAGAGUCUGAUGUCGUAUAUUGUGUCUUACUACCUGAGACACUUUGACGAGGACGCGGGCAAGGAGACGUGUGUGUUUCCUCUCCCAGAACCACAUGACCUGUUUCAGGCCUCUCAGAUGAAGUUUGAAGACUUGACUAAAGAUCUGCUGAGACUACGGAAAGAUCUGAGAGCAUGCACUGCGGAGGUGGAGAAGGUGUGCUCGGUCUCGACUGAAGAGCAUCUUCAGCCGUUUAAAGACAGGAUGGAGGUGUUUGUGAGUGAAGCAAAAACAGAGCUGGAAAGUCAAGAGAAGCAACUCAGUGACACCCACAAAAUGUUCCUGGAGCUCUGCGUGUUCUUCUCAGUGAAGGCCAAGAGCGGAGAGAAAGAGGUUUCGCCCAACACCUUCUUCACCGUCUGGCACGAGUUCUCCACAGACUUUAAAGAUGCUUGGAAGAAGGAGAACAAGAUCAUCCUGCAGGAGAGGCUGAAGAUGGCGGAGGAGUGUUUCCGACAGGUCAAAGAAAAAGCCACAUAUAGCGUCAAACCCAAACACGCAUCUGGAAUCAAAGCAAAGUUGGGCAUGAAGAUCUGAGGCAGAUGUGGACAGACUCUUAUGACAUUUCAUCUGUAAAUCGCUCUCGCAGCAUCUUCAGUGUUACUCUGCCAUCUGCCGUACCACACAGGAAGUGAUCCACCAUCUGAAUGUGAUGUCAUAUCCUGUGUCUUGAUGGAUGAAUAUAUCAGACGUUACAUAUGACCAUACAUACUGGAGGACUGAAGCACUAUAAUCAAAACAAGGUUGUUUUAUUUUUAAGAAAGCAAGAACAUGGAUUUCUGAUGCGUCUAUAUUUUAAACAUCGGCACCGUCACAUGCUUUUAAACCAACACUAGUUAGUGCAGUUAAGAGCUCUAGUCAUCAGCUCGUUUAGCACACUCCAGUCCUACAGGACCUGAAAGAGACACUCCAGUAUGUAGCGUAUGAAUCAGACAGCGGCGAAUGUUCAGGAAUCUACUCAGUGCUUUUGUGAAAUUAUGCAAGAUUGUUUUCUGGUUUUGCUGCAUCCACACAUUCACUCGAUGUAUUUAAGAGGAUGAUUUUUAUUAUUAAUUUAAAUAUUAACAUCUUUAUGUAGCAUUGGUUAGUUUUUAGCAUGUGUGUAUCAGAGGUGUGGAUGGACGCUCCAUGUGCAAUAACUGUUUGUAUCUGAACGUUUUGAGAAGAGUGUAAUAUAUGUAAAAUAAAGGGAUUAAUAAAUUCUGACAUUUUAAUUUA